AUGGUCGCCACUCUUCGCCUCGACGGACGCGUUUGCAUCAUCACGGGUGAGCUGCUUCUCUUCUUCUCGUAGCUCGUAACAGCCAUUGAACUGAUCCCCUCGCCCCCACCGCACGCUUUUCGAUUCUCAACUGCCACGCGUAGGAGCCGGCAAGCAAGUCCACUUUGCCCCUCCCUGCAGCCCGUCUGGUCUGCUAAGCGCCCACUAACCCAUCGUGUCUCAACAGUGGUAUCGGACUCGAGACGGCGCUCGUGUUCGCGCAGGAGGGCGCGCACGUCGUCUGCGCCGACAUCAACCAACAGGCGGCUGAACGCGCCGUCGAGCUUAUCAAAACCCAAGUCUCGGACUCCAAGGAAGCGCUCGCGGUCGUCGUCGACUGCGGCAAGGAACAGCAGAUCAAGGACAUGGUCUCCAAGGCCGUCGAGAAGUUUGGUCGACUGGAUGUCAUCUUGUCAGUCCUCGGAUUGCUGCUGUCUACACGACUGCCUCCCCGCGACUUCAAGAGCCAAGAAUCAGUGGCGCGGUAAAAUCAAGUGGGGUAGAUCCAACGUGGAGCAGCGCGGCGCUUAAUGGCCGGCCGAUCUGGCAAGCGCGUGGGGGGAGAGGCGGCGGCGCUUGCCAUGAACCGACCAUGGUGUCUUGAAGUGGCGGCCGGGGCACCCUUGCUGACUUUUUCGUCAAUAUCCUAUCGUGCAUCCCGCUCUUGUAUUUGCUGCUUGCUCCCGCGUCCUCUGCCCUCCCAUCUCCUCCGUCUGACAGCAACAAUGCUGGUAAGUGAAACACUUCCGAUACCCCACCCUGAACGUCAAUUUAAUCGAUGCGCCGAACGUGUCCUAUCACCUCAGGCAUUAUGCACCCCGCCGAUGACCACGCUCUCAACACCGAGGAGCGAAUCUGGGACUUGACCAUGACCAUCAACCUCAAGGGUGUUUGGUGGGGCUGCAAGUACGCCAUCGAGGCGAUGCGCAAGAACCCCGGCGGCAGCAAGGGAAGCAUCAUCAACACGGCAUCGUUCGUCGCUCUUAUGGGUGCCGCAACGCCCCAGAUUGCUUGUAAGACUCGUGAAAGCUGUUCGGGUCUCCAUCAAGUUGUUUUGAACUGAUGAAUCUUUUUGGUGUUCAACCUGCCAUGCGCAGACACCGCUUCCAAGGUUUGUUCAUCCGCGCCGAGGCCGACUCUGAUUAUCCGCCGCGCAAUGAGGAAAUUGACCGAGAUCUGAAACCGUGCCAUGACGCGACACAGGGUGCGGUUUUGGCCAUGACGCGCGAGCUCGCCAUGGUUCAUGCUCGUGAAGGCAUCCGACUCAACAACUUGUGCCCGUGAGUGACCCUGCUUAUUUUCGCCUCGCGAAAGGUCAGGUGCCUGGGUUGCUGCUGAAUAUUGUGACGAUUUGACACCAUUCGGCUCCAACAGUGGACCCCUCCAAACCGAACUCUUGAUGUCGUUCCUCGAUACCCCGGAAAAGAAGGAACGACGGAUGGUACACAUCCCGAUGGGUCGUUUCGGCGAAGCGAUCGAACAAGCCAAGGCGGCCUUGUUCCUCGCCUCGGACGACUCGAGCUUCAUCACCGGUACCGACUUCAAGGUCGACGGCGGUAUCCAUGCAUGCUACGUCACCCCCAACGGCGAACAAUCUUUGGCGCCACCCAAGAACGUCGCUCCUAGGGCAUAA